CGCUCCAGGGCUGGGGGCCCCCUUGAAACCGGCUAAUUGGGGCUGAAGGGGGCUGGAGCCGCACAAAGGAGGGAGCUCCGGGACUUGGCCGGUCUGGCUGCGGGCAGGGCGCCCGGCGGCGGUCCCGGGACUCGGCGGCGGACUCCAGCGCGAACUUUGCCGGGCCCGGGAGGGGCGGCUGCGGCUGCGGCUCCGCGCGGGGCGCGUUAGCUCGGGGAAGGCGGCGGCACCAUGCGCCCGUCCAGCGUCCUGCACCGCCUGGCCUCGCUGCUGCUGUGGCUGAACGUGCUGGGCCCGGGCCGGGGCCGGGGCCAGUUCCACGGCGAGAAGGGCAUCUCCAUCCCGGACCACGGCUUCUGCCAGCCCAUCUCCAUCCCGCUCUGCACCGACAUCGCCUACAACCAGACCAUCAUGCCCAACCUGCUGGGCCACACCAACCAGGAGGACGCGGGGCUGGAGGUGCACCAGUUCUACCCGCUGGUGAAGGUGCAGUGCUCGCCCGAGCUCAAGUUCUUCCUGUGCUCCAUGUACGCGCCGGUGUGCACGGUGCUGGAGCAGGCCAUCCCGCCCUGCCGCUCCAUCUGCGAGCGGGCGCGCCAGGGCUGCGAGGCGCUCAUGAACAAGUUCGGCUUCCAGUGGCCCGAGCGCCUGCGCUGCGAGAACUUCCCCCGCCACGGCGCCGAGCAGAUCUGCGUGGGGCAGAACCACUCGGAGGACGGCGGCUCCCCGGCGCUGCUCACCAGCCCCGCGCCGCUGCCCGGCCAGGGCACCCCGGGCGCGCCGCGCUACGCCACGCCGGAGCACCCGUUCCACUGCCCGCGGGCGCUGCAGGUGCCCAGCUACCUCAACUACAAGUUCCUGGGCGAGAAGGACUGCGCGGCGCCCUGCGAGCCGGCCCGCGGCGACGGCCACAUGUUCUUCAGCGAGGAGGAGGUGCGCUUCGCCCGGCUCUGGAUCCUGGUGUGGUCCGUGCUCUGCUGCGCCUCCACCUUCUUCACCGUCACCACCUACCUGGUGGACAUGCAGCGGUUCCGCUACCCGGAGCGGCCCAUCAUCUUCCUGUCGGGCUGCUACACCAUGGUGUCGGUGGCCUACAUCGCGGGCUUCGUGCUGCAGGAGCGCGUGGUGUGCAACGAGCGCUUCCAGGAGGACGGGUACCGCACGGUGGUGCAGGGCACCAAGAAGGAGGGCUGCACCAUCCUCUUCAUGAUGCUCUACUUCUUCAGCAUGGCCAGCUCCAUCUGGUGGGUCAUCCUCUCCCUCACCUGGUUCCUGGCCGCCGGCAUGAAGUGGGGCCACGAGGCCAUCGAGGCCAACUCGCAGUACUUCCACCUGGCCGCCUGGGCCGUGCCGGCCGUCAAGACCAUCACCAUCCUGGCCAUGGGGCAGGUGGACGGGGACCUGCUGAGCGGCGUCUGCUUCGUGGGGCUGCACAGCCUGGACCCGCUGCGCGGCUUCGUGCUGGCCCCGCUCUUCGUCUACCUCUUCAUCGGCACCUCCUUCCUGCUGGCCGGCUUCGUCUCGCUCUUCCGCAUCCGCACCAUCAUGAAGCACGGCGGCUCCAAGACCGAGAAGCUGGAGCGGCUCAUGGUGCGCAUCGGCGUCUUCAGCGUCCUCUACACCGUGCCCGCCACCAUCGUCAUCGCCUGCUACUUCUACGAGCAGGCCUUCCGCGCGCACUGGGAGCGCAGCUGGGUGAGCGCGCACUGCAAGAGCCUGGCCAUCCCCUGCCCGCUGCACUACGCGCCGCGCAUGAGCCCCGACUUCACCGUCUACAUGAUCAAGUACCUCAUGACCCUCAUCGUGGGCAUCACCUCGGGCUUCUGGAUCUGGUCCGGCAAGACGCUGCACUCCUGGCGCAAGUUCUACGCGCGCCUGGCGCACAGCCGGCACGGCGAGACCACGGUGUGAGCGAGCCUGGCCGCGCUGGCGGCGGGAGCCGGGGGCCGGGGCCGAGGGAAGGAUUGAACACACGCGGCUGCUUUGCAGUCGCCGUAGCGUCUGAGGGUCAGUAACGGCCGAGGGGGGUUGUAAUUAGACCUGUACAUAGCGUCUGUAAAUGGAAUUAUAUAUUUCUAUUUAAAACCAGCACGGACCCCGCGGAGAGCCAGAAACUCGGGGGGCGGCUCGGCUCGGCCCCUCGCUUCGGUACGAACGUGUCGGGUUUUUCCCCUUCUCGGCCUUGGCAAUAGCUCCCCUCGCCAUGGAGCCCUGGAGCCGGAGUGUCUGUUUGUGUUGGCUGCGGGGGAACGGUUUCAGCUGAACUUCCAUACGCCCGGCCAGCCCUGUGAUCGCUGCCCCCGAUGUGCGCACGGGGCUGGCCUGUGUUAAAGGCAGACUGGGGGUUGGUUUUUUUUAAGUACCCUUCUCCCUCCGGUGGAAGUUAACCAAGA